GUGCGCCGGGUCCAUGCGGGCGCCCGUGCAGCGCAGCGCAGCGCGGGGUCGCCAUGGCGGAGCUGCAGCAGCUCCGGCUGCAGGAGGCGGUGGACUCCAUGGUGAAGAAUCUGGAGAGGGAGAACAUCCGUAAGAUGCAGGGCCUCAUGUUCCAGUGCAGCGCCGGCUGCUGCGAGGACAGCCGGGCGUCCAUGCAGCAGGUGCACCAGUGCAUCGAGCGCUGCCACAUGCCUCUGGCUCAGGCCCAGGCCUUGGUGACGAGCGAGCUGGAGAAGUUCCAGGACCGCCUGGCCCGGUGCACCAUGCACUGCAAUGACAAAGCCAAAGAUGCCAUCGACGCAGGGAAUAAGGAGCUGCAGGUGAAGCAGCAGCUGGACAGUUGUGUGACCAAGUGUGUGGAUGACCACAUGCACCUCAUCCCCACCAUGACCAAGAAGAUGAAGGAGUCACUCUCAUCCAUCGGGAAGUAAAAGUCUGCCGGUGGCCAUCGGGGCUGUGGGAAGGAAUCUGUUUUACAAAGGAAUGGGAACUUUAGUCUUUUAUGAGUGAAAUCGUGGAAGACAAUGAGUUUAAAGCAUACGUCACUUGCCUCUGGACACUGAUUCCUUUAUAUUUCGAUCCUUGGAAGUGAAAUUUAAAAAAAAAAAAAUGGUGCUAAAAUCUGGGUUAGAGAUGCAGGGGAGUGUUUUCCAGACUAAACUUCAUGUGGCAAGGAUUUGUGCUGGCAGCAGGGCCCUCCCUUCUACCAAGGCGGAGCCCCCCAAAGCACCAGAUUCUUCCUACCUGCACAGGUAGCAGUAGGCGGUGGGUUCCUCUCAUCGGCCUGAGGUCUGGUGCAGUUGGAGGAGAGGGGCCUCUGUGCGUUGCCAGCCUCCUGUUGGGUUGAGCUGUCGCCACACCGUUUUCCAUACA